AACCCGUAAGAGCCAUCUAUCCUCGGGUUCAUUCCUUCAAGUUUCAGUUUUCUCUUCUUAAUUGUUAUGGCAACCAACCAACCUCCGUCUCGUCCUUGGUUGCGUUUACCAUCCAUAGUCCGUCCAGUUGCACCCGCUAGACCAGCCCCCGAGCCCCCAGCUCCCCAGCCACGGCCUCCUUUGGCUCUACCUGUGUUUAGGCCAUUAGGUCAGCCUCAGCCUCAACCUCAAGAACCCACUACUGGUUUGUCUUCGGUUCCUACCUCUCCAAUUAGAAGAGCCUCCGUGCCAUCUUCUCCUGUCACCAAACCAACCCAAACUACAACUUCUUCAGUUCCGUCCUCUCCUGCUAAACCAAAAGACUCUGCUGCCUUCCCAACUUCUCCUCCUGAAAAACUACCCCCAUCUUCUACACUUCGAAUUUCUCCUCCUUCUUCCCCAAAACCUUCAUCUAUCUCUUCAUUGCCAACUUCGCCUGUCAGACGACUUUCAACUUCCCCAGUCAGAACAGUCCCAACUAUCACUAAUCAUCUGCCUAGCCCAACGCCAUCUCCAAGAACCAUAAGGCCUGCAGUUCAAACCCCACCCCUGUCUCCUAAGCACAAGCUCACUGCCCCCCCACCUUCUCCUUUAAUUCUCCCACCUCCACAGUUGAAAUCCAAGCCCGAGCUUGAACCGAAGAUCCCGGUGGAGGCUGAGCAAAAGAGCGUGCUGGUUCAAAAGACCAUUGAUACUUCCAAGCCCAAUGGCUCAGGAUCUCUGAAGGAUUUGCACAAGAGUCACAAGCCCGACAUUGCUCACCAUAUUCAUAGGAAACACGAAGAGCACAAAGAAUCCGAUGCAAAGAAGAAAGAUGGUCAUCACAAGAAAUUCUCUUCAGAUUCUGAGGGUGGCAUGAAGGUUAUAACAAUUGCAGGCGAGAAUAAAGGUGCAUUCAUGGAAAUAAUCAUGUCUCCUGCGAAACAUGGGUUUGACGGCAAACCUCAAACUCUAGGCCGCAUUGACCCUAAAACUGAGAAGGAUAAAAGCGUAUGGCAUAAAUAUAGCAGCAGCAGUAGCAGUGAAGAAGAGAAUUCGAAGAAGAAGGACAAGAGUCACAAAGGAAAGGGAAUACAUUCUCCUCCCAUGGAUGCAUACGUGAACAGCAACGUGCAAGGUGUUAACAACUCAAUUUUAUUCAAAUCUUCAUGCUCCCAUCAUGACCCCGGAGUGCACCUUUCGCUAUCAAGAAAACCAUUAGCCAAAGAAUCCCAUGUCAAGGACAAGGAACGCAGAAAUGACCAUCCCAGCCAAAGAGAAGCUUAAAUAAAGAAAAUGUUCUACUUAUGUGGUUCUAUUUUAGGCUAUUUAUACUAAUAAUGUGGCGUCGAAUCAAUAAAUUAAUAUGAGUGAUAGACGGAAUAUGAAGCCAGCAUGGGUCUUGGUUCUUCAUUGUUAUAUUCCAUUUGAUGUGGAGUGUAAUUGAAGAUUAUCCCACGCCCCUGUUUGGCUUGUGUAAGAGAAUUACAUAUGUGCGGUAAAAGUAAUAAAGUGAGUCGUUUAUUUA